UAGUGUUGGAAGUAUGAAUAGAGAACGGAAAGUUGGCAAAAAAAUAAUUAUUGAAGAACCAGAAGGGGAAUCAAGUGCACAAAGUUAUUCAGAGGGAAACAGGGUAGAAACAGUCUCUGUGAACCCCCGUUUUUCGACUCUUUGGCAGCAACAGGAAGAUGGGGAGAGUAACCUUUUCGCCUCUUCUUCGUUAGUUGCAAUAGGCAACCUGCAAAGUGCUAUGGAUAGUGGUAAUCUUAGAGGCACAACGUCAGCCUUUGAGAGAAUGAAUAAGCUCUUUGAUAAGAGCAGUAAACCAGAUAUAAAGAUAUUUAGCUCCUCUUCCUCAAGGAAAAUUGACUGCAAUGGGAACGUUGUUGAACAAGUUACUAUGACGAGCAGAUACAAGGAAGCUUCCAAAGUUAUGGGAUACAGAAGGAAUAGUGGCGUUUCCGAGGAAGAAGAAGUUUUUGUUUAUAGACAGUUGGGUAGACGCGGUCGUGAAACUAGGAAAGUUGGAGAUGGCAGUGAAUAUAAGACAUAUGACAACUACUUGAACUGUACUCCUGAAGAUGAUGAGACUUUUGAAACUGAGUGGCAUAGUCAGUAUUGUGACACAGAAACCAAUUAUUCUAUUCCUAUACGGUUCUUAGAUGAAAUGGAAUAAAUAGGCAGGAAAACAUAUCAGUGAA